AUGAUACACUCGGUCUUGAUUUUCAACAAUGAUGGUGUUCCGAGGUUAAUGAAGUUUUAUACGAAAGUCGACGUCCAUACACAACGCUUAUUGUUGCAACAGGUACACCAACUCAUAUCUGUGCGAACUAACCAGGAUUGCUCGUUCAUCACGCCUCCAAAGUUAUUAGAAGAUAUUGAUGAUAUCAAGGUGAUUUAUCGACAUUAUGCAACGCUUUACUUUGUGUUUAUCGUUGAUGAUCAAGAGUCGGAGCUCGGCAUUUUAGACUUGAUCCAGGUAUUUGUCGAGUGUCUAGACAAAUGCUUCACCAAUGUUUGUGAGUUGGAUUUGGUAUUUGGAUGGCAAGUGUUGCAAACUGUUUUGGAAGAAAUUGUCCAAGGAGGCAUGGUUAUUGACACAAAUAUAGGCAGAAUAGUGGCAGCAGUUGACGAAGCUAAUAGCCAAAAAAGCAAUAAUGCCUCUGGGGGAGGAGGUGCUUUCGCAGGCGCUCGUGGUAACCUCAGCCAAAGUAUUCUACUGUCGCUAUCAAGAGAUCGUGGGUUUUGGAGUAGAGGUUAA